CGGAAAUCAGCACGAGACGAUUUUUCUGCCGAUGGCAGGCUGUGUCGGUUCGUGGUCAAAUUCGUGAGGUAACCAUGAAAAUGAUGAUCAUGACAAAAGAUCACAGCCCAGAUCCGGAUCCAAAUCUAAAUCCCGAUUGAGAUCGCCUUCCGAAGAGAGUAGAUCUUUUCAAGAAAUGAACCCGCUUUAUGCCACAAAUCUUUUUCGUCUUGAGAGAGACUUGAUUAUGCUGCCUACCUUCUCGGUAUCCAUUAUUUCUAAAUUCUUCAACAACAGGGAAACAUAGGAGCAUAUAGUGCCCUGUUUACAUAGACGCAAGAUGCAGUUGUUUUUGCGAGGCAUUGAUGGCUCCUCCGCCACCCGGGUUGUCGAGGAAACGACUACCGUCGCGGAGUUGAAGCAGAGCCUGGAUUUGGAUACCGAAUUCCACUUGUCUUACGCUGGUACGAAAAUAUCAUGUCGUUUUUGUGUACUAGUGUGAGAUUUUGCAAUCACGUAGACUUGCAUCACAUGUGAAGCGUUUACCAGAGUGGACACACCAAAUUAUCACUCUUCAAUUUUCAAAACAGGUAAGGACUGCCCGGAAAUCGCCACCUGCGGCGCUCUCUUCUCCAACGAAUGCACCAUCGAAGUCAACGCUGACUUGCUCGGUAUCUAUACGAUUGUCUUUUUUGUUUGAGUAAGCACUAGCUUCCCACGCAUUGAAGAUGUAGUUACUGUGUAUGCCGAUUUUUUUGCCUGCUGAGUCUGUAAUGGAUGAUAUCGAUCACUAUUUUCCUUCCGAACUAACCCCCAGGUGCCGGUAAGAAGCGCAAGAAGAAGCAGUACACCAAGCCGAAGAAGGUCGCGCACAAGCACAAGAAGGUCAAGCUUGGAGUUCUCAAGUUCUACAAGGUUGACGGAUCCGAUAAGAUCACCCGCUUGCGUAAGGACUGCCCGAACUGCGGUCCGGGCGUCUUUAUGGCCAUGCACCACAACCGCUACUACUGUGGCCGCUGCACCCUCACCUACGUCUUCAAGGAGAACGAGGAGGCCUAAGGCUACCAACGAUGAUCUUUUCAUCAGCUUCGCACAGACAAGCAUAACAUACUCAUCUGAACAUGUAACUGCAUACAUAGUAUAGUAACAGGGACAAAAAAAGUAAAAGGG